AUGAAGAUCACUCUCUUGGCCCUGUUCCUUGCGCUGCUCGUCUACGCCCAUGCCCAGACCUCUGUUCCCUACAUGACCAGAGCUGCCGCCCAGUCGCCCGGAGCCAGUUCCACGCCCCAGCCCAGCGUGUGCCCCAAGAUGCGCCAGCUCAGCGAUGAGCUCGACGCUGAGGUCUACUCGCAGGAGCCCCAGGGGAUCAGAGCACCUCUCGCCGCCGAGCAGGUCAACUGGACCCAAGUAUCGACCUACCUCGCGCCCAGCUUCCAGUACCAGGACUACAGCUAUUUCAACUCGGCCGGCAACUACUCGGACUAUCGUACCUACUGGGAGGCGCUCAACCCGGUCUACGAGCGUUGGCCGCUGAAGAACGCCACGGUCGAUUGGUACUCGUGCGAUCCAGUCAACCGGCGCCUCACCUCCCAGUGGAAGCAGUACUUCGGCUCAGCCGCCGACCCCACUGCCAACGCGACCAGCACCUCGCUCUACGUCACCGAAUACGACCCCGACUACAAGAUCACCCGCCAGGCCUACUGGACCUCGGGCGACAUCGUGGACCUCCUCUCCACAGCCUCCAACACCACCACUCCCUGA